UCAUCUCUUGAGUACGUCAGUUCGCAGCCUGCAAAGUUUCUCUGCACAAAUUUCGAAACUCUGCUUAGGCUCCUACGAACUAGAUUAGGCUAGAUAGAUGGAAUUUUCAGGUAUUAAUUGAGAUGCAUGUGUUUGUAUCCAUUUUGUUGUUUGUGGCACAUUUGGAGCUUGCCGUUCUGAUUUGUGCCAGAUACAUCAAAUUGGACUGUAAGCACAUAUGAACAUCAUUUGAUGCUUUGAUGCAACUUAUGUUAUUUUUUUUGGGGAAUACGCAAAGCGCGUAGCUUUGUAUUAAGAUUGAGGGUAAGACCUUUUACAAGAGCAUCUCAGUUAUGUCCAAAAUGCAACUUCUGUUAUUGGUUGUCUUGAAUUCAUUCUUCACUGAGAAACAGGAGGUUAGUGAGUACAAUGCAACUAUAUAUGCAAGAACCAGUAUGUAUUAUUGUUGUUGCAUGAAAGUGCUCUUGAUUGUUCUCAUUUUCCCAUUUCCUGACCAAACUUUUGCUUCACAUUUUGGCUGCAUGCUAUGAGUUAUCUUGACAUUUUGGUUAUUUUCUUGUGUUUAUCAUCGUGAUUUGUCUAACUUAGUUGCCGCUGAAUAUGUCAAUCAUUUUGUAUAGUCUCCGUCAAUUUCAGAAAACUAUAGAAUGCAACAUACUUCAAUAUGUUCUAGAGUUUUAUACCCUAUGUACAUAUGUAAACCUACUAUAAUGAGAGAUUAUGAAUGUUGCUAGAUGGCAAUGUGAAGUACAGCAAAUUAGGAAAGAACUAUUAAGGAGGAUGGUGUAAUAUCGUUAUUGGUAUAAAGACAAUACAUCAACUUGGUAGAAAAUUUUGUGAGGAUUAAGAAUUUGAUUUGUUUUGGUAUUCCUACAGUUUAUUGUAAGAAAUAUCCAUCUGCACUUUUCAGCAUUCAUAAUAUGCACCACUAAACAUCUCCUCUAUAUGUUCAUAGUCCUACUCUGUUAGAAGGUUCUGCAGACUGUCAAGAAGCUUUAGUUGCUACUGGGCACUCCCUUACUACCACUUAUUUGCUGUACAAAUUUUUCCCUUUUUAGGAGCAAGGAUCAUCUCUGUAAAAAAAGAACAAGGAAUCAUUCCUUGAAAUUCUUCUAAUGCCUGAGUCUAAUUCUAGAAUAUAGAAUGAAGUGCUUCUUUCCCUAAUGCACCUGUUGUAGCUUGUAAGCAUUUGAUCAGGCAUGGAAGAAUGCAUGGGGCAACCCAGCAGUCCAAAUUUAUUACUGCUCUUGAUAGUUUUGUCAGCCUUAGUUGUGUCAGCUCUGCUAGUUAACCCAUUUAAUUACUUGCUUUUGUUGUCUUAAUCUGAUGUGGUACUAGCUGUGACAUUCUACUGGGGACAUGUGCCAAGCAAAGAACCAAUAAUCCCCUUGUCAGAACAGAGCAGUAACAGCAGCAGCUACUGCCCACUGUCACAGGAAUGAUUAGCACAAAUUUUAUUUUAACGAGGUCAACUUAGGCAGGGCUCAACACAUGCAACCACUGUACAUAUGCCUCACUCAGGGUAAACUUUCUUUAAUUUUUAUGCAGGACAUGUGUACAGAUCUUAGGGUGCUAGUUGCAUCAGGACAACACCAAGAGGCAAGAACAUACCCUAUUGUCUCUCUUUGGGUUAAUUUAUAUUCAUUUUCACCUGCAAAGUGCUAAGGUAUGUCCUGUUUUACAGACACUUAAAAAACAUAUUAGCAGUAUUUCUUCCCUCAAAAUUAGGAGCAGCUCUUCACAUCCUUCUACUCUUCUAGCUUCCUACAUGGAGAAAUUCAGCUAGCUUCUAGUACUUAGUUUAUUAUCAGAUCAAUUCAAUUGUUGGACUCACACCUACACAAACUGUAUGAGUAAAUUAGUUCUCUUUGUAGAAAAUAAGAUGGUAGGAGUAAAUCUGACGAAAGCAGAAGGUUCCAAAGAAUAAACCGUACGAACUCCCAAUUACAGUAGGUCUCUGUAUAGUGGUACUACUACUAGUAUUUGGGGGUCUAAAAGCUAGAGCUAAUCUACUGUCUGCAACUCUGCACAGAUAGGGAAUGUAAAAUAAACAUGUAUUAAUUAGUCCAAUCUAACGUUGGGUGGGAUAAAGUAAAAUAAUAAAGAAUGGUAUAUUGCUCAAAAGCAGAUUAGAAAAGCCAUGACUUUAAAACACAUUCCCUCCAUGUUCCAUGUUCUCAUGCCUCCCCCUUCUCCUUGUUUCUUCCUCCUCUCCUCCAGCUCCCCAACCCCAGCCUGUUAAACCCUUAAUCUAAUCCUGAUUAACACCUCACAUUUGCUCACUAUGUUGAGGUGUAGAGUAGAGCUAGUACUAAUCUAGAUCAAAGUUGCAUGUUAAAAAAUGCCAAGAAGAUUUAUAUUAGUAUAUGCUCCUUCUCUAACCAAUCUUCUCAUCACCAUCAUAUAUAUGACUUUUCUGCCUUGUUGUGAUCUCUAGCUUGCUAGCUGCUGCAGCCUCUGCUCUUCCUGCAGAUGCAAUCAGUGCAGUAAACUAAAUUAAGCAGAGCAGACACUGCACUGACAUGGCACAGCACUAGAAGCAGCAGAGGCAGAGCAAGCAGAGGAAGCAGAGCUAGUGCUCUCCAAGCUCAGCAAAGGUGCUUCCAUUUUUGUUCCAAUUUCCAAUGGAAGCUACAGUGCCAGUGCUGCUGCUAGUGACAGUGCUGUCUUUGAUCUUGCCCUCCGGCAUUGGCGCCGCCGCCGCCGGCGACGAGCGGUCGGCGCUUCUCGCCUUGAAGGCGGGCUUCGUCGACACGGUGAGCGCGCUCGCCGACUGGACCGACGGCGGCAAGGCGUCGCCGCAUUGCAAGUGGACCGGCGUCGGGUGCAACGCCGCCGGCCUCGUCGAUCGGCUCGAGCUCUCCGGCAAGAACCUGAGCGGCAAGGUCGCCGACGACGUGUUCCGGCUGCCGGCGCUCGCGGUGCUCAACAUCUCCAACAACGCCUUCGCCACCACGCUGCCCAAGUCCCUGCCGUCGCUGCCCAGUCUCAAGGUGUUCGACGUGAGCCAGAACUCCUUCGAGGGCGGCUUCCCCGCCGGCCUCGGCGGCUGCGCUGACCUCGUCGCCGUCAACGCCUCCGGCAACAACUUCGCCGGUCCCCUCCCCGAGGACCUCGCCAAUGCCACGUCCCUGGAGACCAUCGACAUGCGUGGGAGCUUCUUCGGCGGCGCCAUCCCCGCGGCUUACCGGAGCCUCACCAAGCUCAAGUUCUUGGGACUCUCCGGCAACAACAUCACCGGCAAGAUCCCGCCGGAGAUCGGCGAGAUGGAGUCCCUCGAGAGCCUCAUCAUUGGGUACAAUGAGCUCGAGGGUGGCAUCCCGCCGGAGCUCGGUAACCUCGCCAAUCUCCAGUACCUCGACCUCGCCGUCGGCAACCUCGACGGGCCCAUCCCGCCGGAGCUAGGGAAGCUUCCGGCGCUCACCUCCCUCUACCUCUACAAGAACAACCUCGAGGGCAAGAUACCACCGGAGCUCGGCAACAUCUCGACGCUGGUCUUCCUCGACCUCUCCGACAACGCGUUCACCGGCGCGAUACCCGACGAGGUGGCGCAGCUGAGCCACCUCCGGCUGCUCAACCUCAUGUGCAACCACCUCGACGGCGUCGUGCCGGCGGCCAUCGGAGACAUGCCGAAGCUGGAGGUGCUCGAGCUGUGGAACAACUCGUUGACGGGGUCGCUCCCGGCGUCGCUCGGCCGGAGCUCGCCGCUGCAGUGGGUGGACGUGUCGUCGAACGGAUUCACCGGCGGCAUCCCGGCCGGGAUCUGCGACGGCAAGGCGCUCAUCAAGCUGAUCAUGUUCAACAACGGCUUCACCGGCGGCAUCCCGGCCGGGCUCGCGUCGUGCGCGUCGCUGGUGCGGGUGCGCGUGCACGGCAACCGGCUCAACGGCACGAUCCCCGUCGGGUUCGGGAAGCUGCCGCUGCUGCAGCGGCUCGAGCUCGCCGGCAACGACCUAUCCGGCGAGAUCCCCGGCGACCUCGCGUCGUCGGCGUCGCUGUCGUUCAUCGACGUGUCGCGCAACCACCUCCAGUACUCCAUCCCCUCGAGCCUCUUCACCAUCCCGACCUUGCAGAGCUUCCUCGCGUCGGACAACAUGAUCUCCGGCGAGCUCCCCGACCAGUUCCAGGACUGCCCGGCGCUCGCCGCGCUGGACCUGUCCAACAACCGGCUCGCCGGCGCGAUCCCGUCCAGCCUGGCCUCGUGCCAGAGGCUGGUCAAGCUCAACCUGCGGCGGAACAAGCUCGCCGGCGAGAUACCUCGCUCGCUCGCCAACAUGCCGGCGCUCGCCAUUCUUGAUCUAUCGAGCAACGUUCUCACCGGCGGCAUACCGGAGAAUUUCGGGAGCUCGCCGGCGCUCGAGACGCUCAACCUGGCGUACAACAACCUAACCGGGCCCGUGCCGGGCAACGGCGUGCUGCGCUCGAUCAACCCCGACGAGCUGGCCGGCAAUGCCGGGCUGUGCGGCGGCGUGCUCCCGCCGUGCUCCGGCAGCCGUUCCACCGCCGCCGGGCCGCGCUCUCGCGGCAGCGCCCGGCUCAGGCACAUCGCGGUGGGGUGGCUGGUCGGCAUGGUCGCCGUCGUGGCCGCGUUCGCGGCGCUGUUCGGCGGGCACUACGCGUACCGGCGGUGGUACGUGGACGGCGCGGGUUGCUGCGACGACGAGAACCUCGGCGGCGAGUCGGGGGCGUGGCCGUGGCGACUGACGGCGUUCCAGCGGCUGGGGUUCACGUGCGCCGAGGUGCUCGCGUGCGUGAAGGAGGCGAACGUGGUGGGCAUGGGCGCCACCGGCGUCGUCUACAAGGCCGAGCUCCCCCGCGCGCGCGCCGUGAUCGCCGUGAAGAAGCUAUGGCGACCAGCCGCCGCCGCCGAGGCCGCCGCCGCCGCGCCGGAGCUGACGGCGGAGGUGCUGAAGGAGGUGGGCCUCCUCGGCCGGCUCCGGCACCGGAACAUCGUGCGCCUCCUCGGCUACAUGCACAACGAGGCCGACGCCAUGAUGCUGUACGAGUUCAUGCCCAAUGGCAGCCUAUGGGAGGCGCUGCACGGGCCGCCGGAGCGGCGCACGCUGGUGGACUGGGUGUCGCGCUACGACGUGGCCGCCGGCGUGGCGCAGGGGCUCGCCUACCUCCACCACGACUGCCACCCUCCGGUGAUCCACCGCGACAUCAAGUCCAACAACAUCCUCCUCGACGCCAACAUGGAGGCGCGCAUCGCCGACUUCGGGCUGGCGCGUGCGCUGGGGCGCGCCGGCGAGUCGGUGUCGGUGGUGGCCGGGUCGUACGGGUACAUCGCGCCGGAGUACGGGUACACGAUGAAGGUGGACCAGAAGAGCGACACGUACAGCUACGGCGUGGUGCUGAUGGAGCUCAUCACCGGGAGGAGGGCGGUGGAGGCGGCGUUCGGCGAGGGGCAGGACAUCGUCGGCUGGGUGCGCAACAAGAUCCGGAGCAACACGGUGGAGGACCACCUCGACGGCCAGCUCGUCGGCGCCGGCUGCCCGCACGUCAGGGAGGAGAUGCUGCUGGUGCUCCGCAUCGCCGUGCUCUGCACCGCCAGGUUGCCGCGCGACAGGCCGUCCAUGCGCGACGUCAUCACCAUGCUCGGCGAGGCCAAGCCGCGCCGCAAGAGCGGCAGCUCCACCGGCAGCGCCAGCGCCAAAGCCCCCACUCCGGCGCCGCCGGCGGUGGCGGCGGUGGUGGACAAGGACAAGCCGGUGUUCACCACGACGCCGGACUCCGACUACGCUUAGCUGUGUCCAUUUUCUUUCUUCCUUUUUUUUUUCUUCGGUGCAUGUUAAUGAUUUGUUCAUGUAUGUAGAUUAUUCUAAAAAAAUUGUAAGAAUUUUGAGCUUGUAACAAACCAACAACCAUUUUCUGUAAGGAUUAGACAUAGAUCAUGUAGCUUAAUGUAAGCAAUUGAAAGCAGGUGAAUAAUUAUAAACCCACUCGGUUAAUUACUCUUGUUA